AUAUACGGUUCUAAAACAUUUCCUUUUCGGUUUACCGAAACCUCCAUUAGAUAACAGAGUCGGUUACAGUUCAGACUGGAAUGGCUUCCUCCCCGUGUAGUGCUGGUGGCAACUUUGAUAGCGGACUCGAAAUCAAAACUCGGUCUGUGGAACAAACGCUUAUUCCUCUGGUCUCUCAGAUAACCACACUUAUAAAUCACAAGGACAAACUGAAGAAGACAGAAAAGACAUUGCGAGCCAUCCACAGAGUUGGUCAGGCGGUCAGUGCUGCAGUAGGCCGCUUUGUGGCUGUAGGAGAAGCUAUUGCGUUGGAGAAUGAGGAACUUAAGGAAGAAAUGGGUCAUGCCUGCUUUGAAGCCCGAAGAGCAGGCACAGCUAUAGCUCAACUGACAGACGUGUGUAGUGUGGAGCAGAGUGAGGCUGAUGGGUGCAGCACUGUAUUUAGCGAUAGGAUGGGCAUGGUAAAGGCCGCCCGCAUGCUCCUGUCUUCUGUCACCAAAGUGCUUGUGCUUGCAGAUCGCAUUGUCAUCAAACAGAUCGUCAGCUCUCGCAACAAAGUGUUAAUGACACUAGAACAGCUGGAGCAAGUCAGCACCUUUCAGGAGUUUGUGCACAUUUUUAGUCAGUUUGGCAAUGAGAUGGUGGAGUUUGCGCACCUUACAGGAGACCGGCAAAAUGACCUAAAGGAUGAGAAGCAGAAGGCACGUAUGGCUGCAGCUCGUGCUGUGCUGGAGAAAUGCACCAUGAUGCUCCUUACUGCCUCCAAGACAUGUCUCAGACACCCUGACUGUGAGUCUGCUCGUAUUAACAAGAACGCAGUGUUCCAGCGCAUGCGUCUGGCUCUGGAGCAGGUCAUUGAGAUUGUAACAGAUGCCCGCACCAGUGGAGAGACAAAAGCACUGCCCAUCAGCAUCUACGGAGGGAUUAAAGACUUUAAGAGUAAGGUGGAGGGGCUGAGAAACUCACUGUUUGGUGUACAAUGUGAAGCUCUGGCAGCACAGCUGGAGGCUCUGGUGGAGCAGACUGAAGAUUUCACAGAUUCAGCCUACACCAGUCAUGAGCAGCGUGAGACAAUACUGCAGCUCUGCCACACAACACGACAGGAAACCCAGCAGCUCAUCACUGCUUGGAGUCAGGCACAGGCGAUAAACGGCAAAGAAGUGACAGAGGAUUUGGAGCUUGCCAUUUUGAGAACAUGUCAGAGUCUUGUGGAGCUCAGACGUGAGCUGCAUAAGGUAGCUGUGGGGAGGGCUGGUGAGCUGCUGAAGCUGCACUCUGAUCAUGCUGUCCUGCAGCUUCUGAAGGCUGGAGGGGUAGAGGGCAAUGUUGAGGCAGUGGCUAAUUAUGCUCGAACACUCACCGAGCAUAGAGAGCAGCUGGUGGAGACCUCACGACUGCUCUGCCAUGUCUCAGGAACAGAGCCUCUGGAGAUCACCUGCAUCCACGCGGAGGAGACCUUUCAUGUGAUUGGUCCACAGAUAAUCUCAGCAGCUCAGACACUGGCUCUGCACCCUAACAGUAAGAUAGCCAAAGAGAACCUGGACGUGUUCUGUGAGGCCUGGGAGUCACAGCUUUGCGACAUGUCCAUCCUGCUAAAAGAGAUCACUGAUGUAUUUGAAGGACGCAGAGGUGAUAAAAGAACGUAUCUGUCAUUACCCAGACCAGGGAAGCACUUGGCUAAUUUAAAGACAACAAAGUCGGCCAAGCUUGAUACAGAGGGUCCUGUAUGCUGUGGUGGUCAGGAUCAGACUAGCAUUACCAAACUGGGGCUUGAGCUCCGUCUUCUCAGCUCAGAUAUAGAUUCUGAGCUGGAGCGCUGGGAGGAUCAGGAGCAUGAAGUGGUUCGUCAGUGCCAGAGCAUGUCCAGCAUGGCCUACUCCAUGUACCUCUUUACUAGGGGUGAGGGACUGCUGAAGACUACUGUGGAUCUUUUCCACCAAGCAGAGGUUCUGUCAGAGCAAGGGCUUCAGAUGUGUUCCAUCUUGCAGUCCUUUUCCACACAGCUGGUGGACGAGGAGAAACCAAUCCUGGUGUCUGAGACAGAAAAGUUAGCUACCUUCUGUCACCAGCUACAAGUCUGUGCCAAAGCUCCUGUCCAGGGGAAGAGUGCAACAUUUCAAAAGGUGGACUCAACAAUACACAAUACCAAAGGAAUUUUAGAAGUGGUGGUUUCUCUCCUGCCAAUCUGUAAUAAACUCAUCUGGAAGUGUAAAUCUGAGAGCAGCAGUCAGGGCUCCCCACAGCACUGGAGAGAGAGACAGCACACUCCGGUGAUGGAUGAAGCACUGAAUGGAAAGGGCUCCAAUGGCUUUAGGGUCAAAUCACUGGAACAGCACCUUGCCAAUCUCACUUUCCUAGAGAGCAAGUAGCUCAGAUUUUCCAUCCCAGAUUUAAUCAGACAAACAGUAAUGUACUGUUUCUCUCUUAUACACAGACACUCCUGCUUUGGUCAGUAUUUUUGUGUUGUACAGUAACUGCUAGUUUAUCUGCCUCACAUACAGGUCCAAAAGUUUAAAACACUACCAAGAAUGUUUCAAUUAUGAAAAAUGUAUUUCCUCAUUCCAAAAUGUAAUUCCCUUUGGUGGCAUUGCCACCAAAGAAACAUCUGAGGAAGUCAUUUUGUAUCUGAUACUAGGAUAUUACCAGCAGGUCCUUUAACUUCACCCAAGUGCCAGUGUGAUCUUGGAGGAACUUGUUCACACUGACCUUCUUCCAUUGACCCAAUAUCCACUGCCUGCAUGUCCGUUCAGUGCUGGACAUGAGCAUGGGUACAUUGACAGACAUUUGAUACACUGUGUGUUGUGCCACAUUCCUCUCGUCACCAGUAUUAAAAUGAUCUACAAGUUUUUUCUGGCAUCAGUGAGUCUUACACCUAACAAUCUGUUGGUAGUCCGUGGCUUGACCCACCUUGGACCACUGUCAGUGGGUACUCACCACGGCUUAUGAGCACACCUUCCUGGUUCAGAGAUACUUUAACCCAGUCAUCUGGUCAUAACGAUUUGGCCCUUAUUAAAGUGAUUCAGGUCUUUAUGUUAAUUAUAUCUGCGGCAUGUAACUAUCAUCAGCCCAACAUUUAAUCUAUCCCUGACCCUUACGUGCACCGUUAACACAAAAUAGGCAGUUAUGCACGUUUUUGGGGGUGGUCUUAAUGUUUUGUAAACUUUAUGAAAUUCCACUUACUUUUACUUGUGACAUAUGCAAUCUAAUAUAGUUUAUUAACGAUUAAGCUAAUUAGUCUGCUAUUAGAAAUUGCAGAGUACAACAUUUUGGCUGUGGACUUUAACCUUUGGACCAGAAAUACACACACACACAAGUUUGGUCAAUUCCAAACUUUCCAACUGUACAUUGCUGUUUUUUAAAGGCUGUAUCACAUUAUCAUGCAUGAAACAGAAUAGCUGAAAAAAGAAAUCAGUGACAGCACCUUAAUCAUUUCAGUGUAGGGCGGACACAGUGUAUUUAAUGUACCUGCCUCAUUUACAUAUUUAUGCCAAAAAUAUCCACUGUCUUGAUUAUUUUUGGGAUGCCAGCAUAAGAAUGGAAAUGCCAAUUUAAGGACAUCUUAAUGUGCCGAGUAUUACUGUGUUGUAAUGAACAUCUGCAGCGAAUUCCAAAAUGAAGAACGCAUCUUUGGUAUUAUAUUUUUUUUUUUGGUGUUUCUGUCAUAAAAGUUGUUACUGCCUUGUCAUAUGGACUGUCUUGUAGGUCACUGUGAUUUGUAUUGUUACUUGAAAUAUAAAAAGUGUCACACUGCUAUGGUAAAUUCAAGCUGAAUGAAUACCAAGGCUAUCAUUUACAUCAUUUAGAAAUUUGUGUUGUGAACACCUGCAGAAAUGUACCAUUAUUUACAAAGUGGGUUUAUGAAAAAUGUUUUUUUUUUUUUUAUUACUUUAAUGGAUGUGUAAUUGCAGACGUUCUAAGAGGAAAAAAAAAAAUAAAAGCCAUUUUGCAGAAGUGAGAUUGCAGGUGAGAGAAAACACACCCAAUGGGCGGCAUUAAUCUGAUGCAUGUUUUGUACCAUGGCUGCAGUGUACCAUGUUCAUGGUUUUUAAAUGGACAUGAAACCAUACUGAAUAUCAAAAUAUUCAAAGUAAUAUGAAUUACUAGAUACACAAUGCUAUUUUUUUUAUUUUAACCCACGAUUCUACAAAACAUUCUAUACAUUUAACUAAUUCACCUUUUUAUCCCACUUUUAUCCUAUUUUUAAUAGAUAUGGAUUUCCUGUUGACUUCACAUCUGUUCUAGUAAAUAAUAUAAGUUUAACAGUAGUUUUUCUACUUGUGCAUGCACAGUAAUAGUUAUUUUACUAUUGAUUUACUAUUGAUUAGGAUUGUGUAAACAAUUUUGAUUGGGACCCUGUUCAGUGUUUCUGGGUGGCACUGCACCUACCAUGACCCUGAUCAAAAUGCAGAACUGUGAUUAUUUGGGUUGUAUUUUAUGAGAGACACUGCUUAGAUAAAUUCAGCUUAGUUAUAUCUUAUUGUUUGGCAUUUUUGUGCAUUGCAAUUUCCUCAUUGUUUUUACCCCAGCCUUGUUUGUACUGGCUAUUUUUUUCUUGAUAACUAUGCCAGGUUCAGCUCUCAAUCAAAACAGCAAAAAACGAACAUUUUACAUAUUCACAUUUACCUGCAGUGCACAUCAUAUUUUUUUGGUAGAUCGAUCUCAUCAAACCCACUUACUACGCACAUGAUUCAUUCAAUUGAACAUGCAAAUUACAACCCAGUGGAGUAACGAAAUUGUUGGGCUUAAUGGUGUGUACUUUAAAUGCCACAUUUUUGUGUUUUCUGUUUUGAGAACUGCACUGCAAAGCUUUGUGUCUGUUUGCAGUCUGGAAACUAAGUAUGUUCACGUGUAAUGUAUGAUGUAUUUUUUUAAUGACAUGGUAAAUAAUUUCUUGAAAGCUGCGGUUGUGACUAUGCUUUACAGACGAAUAUGAAGAGCUGAGUGAGUAUGAUACAUGAGUGAAACUAGUUUUGACUGAUCCUUUACAGUUGAAUGUUAUACAAAGGAAAUCAUAAUAUACAUUAUUUUUCUUAAA